GAGAGCAGGACAGGUCUCUUGGUGUAGAGAGCGGAACUGGUACUGCAAACCAUGCUGCAGUCCAGGGCACUGGUGAUAGCGCUGAUUCUGCUCCUUAGCACCAGUCUCCCCGAAGUGCACUCAAAGUCAAUCUACGAGAGAGAUCGUCGUGACUGGUUGGUCAUUCCCGAUGCAAUUGCAUCUUACAUCUAUGAAACUGUGAACAAGAUGUCCCCUAAAGUCGGUCAGUUCUUGGUGGAUGCUGCCCAGACUCCAGCAGUUGUUGCGACCAGGAACUUCCUCAUCAAAGAAACAACUAAAUUCAGUAUACUGAUUGAACAGCUGAUGGAAAAAAUAGCGAACCUGUGGUACACAAGAGUCCUAGGCUACUAGCCAGACGAAGACAAGUCAGUGUUUCCUAAUGUGAGCUGGUAACACCUUGCAGUGUCCUCUUCCCCCCUGCCCCCACUACGGACCAAGAUCAGUCAAUAAGACAGAAUCGAUGCUCCUCUUAAUGCCACUAGAGGGAACCCAGUUUCAAAGACCAAAGGAUGGAAGGCAUCUGCUGAAGUCUUCCCCGCAAAAAAAAACCCCGCAGCUGGGCAUGGGGAAGGCAAUGAGAUUGUAGAGCUCUUCUGUAGCCAAAUCCUGAAAAUUAAUUCCUCCUGAACGGCUUGGUCAUCGCCCCUCUAAUAAAAAAAUGUUUGUUGUUACACUUC